ACACACAUUCACAUGAAUUAAAUAUUACAAUAUUAUAAAAGUCGAUAUGUAAUAAUAAAAUAACGAUUCAUUUGUGUAUUUUGAGCUAAAUAAUAUUUGAAAAUAUGUGUUUACCUUUAACAAGCUGUUGCUUUUGUGUAAAGUUAGAUGUGGGUGCGAAGAUUAUAUCCAUAAUUAAUUUAGUAUUAUCAGUUGUCAUUGCGAUGUUGUAUGGGACAGCAGCCAUGAUGCCCUCGUACGUCGCUGAGUCCAGAAAGAUUGUGUACGCCAUCGUAGCAACCGUAGCAAUGUUCAAACUCGUCAUAGGAAGUCUAUUAAUUUAUGGAGUUUUUGGGAAAAAACCCCGGUUAAUCAUGCCAUGGUUAAUAACGAGCUGGAUAUUCUGCAUGUCACUGCUUGCUUUAUCAGUCUUCGGGACGAUACUAAUAGUGCUGAACUACACGCGAGAUCAGGAGACAACGAGCGAAGUCAGCACCAUGUCUUCUGUGUACUGUCUGUAUGCUCUGAUACUCUACUACUUCGCAUCUGUAGUCAAUAGUCGGCGCGAGGAAAUGCUCUAUGACGAUCACACAGAAUCCUCCCAGGGCUUAAUGAGAAGAGAAUUCGGUAUAAACUCCAAAAUUUAAACAUAUCAGGUCAUAUGACAACCUCAAUCAUUGCGCAUUUAUUGGGAAGUAAACAAAGUGCUCGUUAAGGAACUUCAUAUGCUGAACUAAAUCAAACAUUACCGAAACAGUUAUCUUCUAUAUACAUAUAAAUAAAUCCAUAUAAAAAUCAACUUCCUUAACCGUAAAAUGAAUAGGCAUUACUCAAGUAAACUUCUAUAUAAUUUUCCUAAUGAAUUCAUACGAGAAAAUGGUGCUUGAAAGUAAAUUCAAGCACGGAACCAGGGUCUAAGUGUCACUCCUUAAUAAGCUUCGGAAUUAUACAGCAAUAAUGCUGUUUCAUCAGACGAACAGAAUUUACAGGAUUUCGCUUGAUUUAUAUAAUAUAUUUUGUAACUAAACGAAUCUCGUCAUUAAAUUUGACAUUUUUUUUUUAAUUGAUAACAAAAAAGAUGACAUAAAUUGAUCAGCAACUUUUAAA